CCUGGCAAUGCUUUCUUACUCACUCGGACCACAUUGACGGCUGCCGAGAGAGGUGCAGAAAACUCCCUUCCUCCAACUUCUAUUUUCGAGGACUAAUCUAGGUCAUCAUGCGUGAAUGCAUCUCUGUGCACGUGGGCCAGGCUGGUGUCCAGAUGGGAAACACCUGUUGGGAACUCUACUGUCUGGAACACGGGAUCCAGCCGGACGGCCAGAUGCCCUCCCGCAAACCUGUGGGUGGCCAUGAUGACUCCUUCACCACCUUCUUCAGUGACACUGGGGCAGGGAAGUACGUUCCUAGAGCCAUCUUUGUGGAUCUGGAACCCACUGUCAUUGAUGAGGUACGCACAGGCACAUACCGCCAACUUUUUCAUCCUGAGCAACUGAUCUCAGGAAAAGAGGAUGCUGCCAAUAACUAUGCCCGUGGACACUACACCAUUGGAAAGGAAAUCAUUGACUCGGUGCUGGACAGAAUCAGAAAACUGGCUGACCAGUGCACAGGUCUUCAGGGAUUUUUGGUUUUCCACUCUUUUGGUGGUGGAACUGGGUCUGGUUUCACGUCUCUGUUGAUGGAGAGGCUCUCUGUUGACUUUGGUAAAAAGUCCAAACUAGAGUUUGCGAUUUACCCAGCCCCUCAGGUGUCCACUGCAGUGGUGGAGCCAUAUAACUCCAUCCUGACCACCCACACAACCCUGGAGCACUCUGACUGCGCUUUUAUGGUGGACAAUGAGGCCAUCUACGACAUCUGCCGUAGGAACCUGGACAUUGAACGUCCUUCUUACACUAACCUCAACCGCCUCAUCAGUCAGAUUGUAUCCUCUAUCACAGCCUCCCUGCGCUUUGAUGGAGCCCUGAAUGUUGACCUGACUGAGUUUCAGACCAACUUGGUGCCUUAUCCUCGUAUCCACUUCCCUCUUGCCACCUAUGCCCCUGUCAUCUCUGCUGAAAAAGCUUACCAUGAGCAGCUCUCCGUGGCUGAAAUCACAAAUGCCUGCUUUGAGCCAGCCAAUCAAAUGGUGAAGUGUGAUCCUCGUCAUGGUAAAUACAUGGCUUGUUGUCUUCUAUACCGUGGUGAUGUUGUGCCCAAAGAUGUCAAUGUGGCAAUUGCUGCAAUCAAAACCAAGCGCUCCAUCCAGUUUGUGGAUUGGUGUCCAACUGGUUUCAAGGUGGGCAUCAACUAUCAGCCUCCAACAGUGGUCCCUGGUGGAGACCUGGCCAAAGUGCAGAGAGCCGUGUGCAUGCUGAGCAACACCACAGCCAUCGCUGAGGCCUGGGCCAGACUGGACCACAAGUUUGACCUGAUGUAUGCCAAGAGAGCAUUUGUGCACUGGUAUGUGGGAGAGGGUAUGGAGGAGGGUGAGUUCUCAGAGGCCAGGGAGGACAUGGCUGCUUUGGAGAAGGAUUAUGAAGAAGUGGGCAUUGACUCAUUUGAAGAAGAUGAGGAGGGAGAAGAAUACUAGUGGCUUUUUAGAAUUAGCUGUCAAUGCAAAAUCAUGACUGCAAUAAAGGAUUUAUUUUUAUACAAAACUAAUUUGGUUCAACAUAUUCAAAUACAGUAUUGCAAAUUGUGUUUUUCACAUACAUGUGUAAAGCAUAAAUUAACUUUAUUUUGUAUGCUUAUUUCAAUAAAAUUUAAUUUUGUGGUGUAUUGUCAGUGA